UGCACUACGUUUACAACAAGCGGUUAUUUUGGUACACAAAUGUACGUGUAUAGCUCGUGUGGUUUAAAAGUAACGUGUGUGUUUUUUUUUACGGUUGUGUUUAAUUGACACGUGUUUCAGCUGUGAGGAGGCUCAGAAAUCUCACCUUUAGUUCUAUUUAAGGACAGACUGCUUCAGCAUCAUGAACACAAACGAGGAAGCCUUGCAGGCUCGCGUGAAGGCUUUGGAGGAGGAAGUGGAGCAACUGAAGUCCCAGCUGAGAGGAAAGAGGGAUGGAGCACAGAGCGACAAAGGGACGACGGUGUCGUCGAAGCUUCAGGAGAACUCUGGGAACAGUAAGAAAGUGAAGAGGGCAUUCGAUUUUGCCGCACACCCGCGCCGCCAUGUGGCGCUGCGUCUAGCGUACCUGGGUUGGCAGUACCAGGGAUUUGCUGUGCAGGAGAACACGGACAACACGGUGGAGGCUCGAGUGUUUGAGGCUCUGCUGAAAACAAAGCUGAUCCAGGACAGGCAGAGCUCCAAUUACCACCGCUGCGGCCGCACAGAUAAAGGAGUCAGUGCUUUCUCACAGGUCAUAUCUAUUGACCUGCGCUCGAGUCAGUUCAGUGGUUUGGGCGUGAUCCUUCCUGCUGGUGUCGAACCUAAAGCCGGGAACGGAGCCGAGCCGAAAGCCGAGUUGCCUUACGUGAAGAUGCUGAACCGAGUCCUUCCUCCAGACAUCCGGGCUCUCAGUUGGUCUCCGGUGCCUACCGGCUUCAGCGCACGCUUCGACUGCCAGUCCCGAACAUAUCGAUACUACUUUCCCCGUGGAGACCUGGACAUCGAGCUCAUGGCUGAAGCAGCCAAACGAUACGAAGGGACACAUGACUACAGGAACUUGUGUAAGAUGGACGUUGGUAACGGAGUUCUGCAGUUCCAGAGGACCAUCACGUCCGCUAGCGUUCAGCCGUGCGAACCCCAUCAGCCCUCCCUCACCGACCCUCAGCACCUUCAUGUGUUCGAGGUCAAAGGUCUCGCCUUCCUGUACCACCAGGUUCGUUGCAUGAUGGCAGUGCUGCUUCUGAUUGGCCAGAAACUGGAAGCCCCAGACAUCAUCAGCCAGCUAUUGGAUGUUGAGAACAAUCCCAGGAAACCUCAGUACAGCAUGGCAGUGGAUUACCCGCUGGUGUUGUACGAGUGCCAUUUCGAUGGCCUGAGUUGGAUUAGCGAGCCUGAAGAGGAGAGCCACGUGCUCAGCUCUCUUCUCCAGCAUUGGACUCAGACUGCAGUCAAAGCUCAGGUGCUGAACAGCAUGAUCCAUGGGCUGCAGAGCACAGACAAAGAUAAAGCGCUGAUUAUGCCAUGCUGUCUCACGGAAGGAUCCAGACAGCGCAACUACCGUCCUCUGCUGGAGCGGCCGCGCUGCGAGAGCCUGGAAUCGCGGAUCCAGCACUUUGUGAAGAGAGGACGACUCGAGCGUGAGGAAGGAGAGAGCGGGGAGGAGGGCAGCACCAUCUUCAGGGGCAAGAGGUCAAAAAUGUCGCAUCAAGCCAGCUCCAAAAAUCAAGAAGAAGCUCAAGACAACCUUCUGAGCCAAAAAGACAUUUCUUUACAUCCCUCAUAAUGACUGUUUAACCACUUAUGUUUUCAAGAAGCACCUGAUGGAAAAUAAAACGGACGAUCUCUGGGGUUUGUAAAUUAAAGUAUAAAGGAUGGAGUUUACGUUUAUACUUGAUUGCAUAAAAAAUAGUUGUUGUUUUUUUCCCCCUCAUUAAUUAUCCUAAUUUGGACACCUUAAGCUAGUUAAGGCACACCUGUGCUAACAUUAGCCAGCUAGCAGGAAGGUUAGUUAAUGUUUCCGUCUCCAGCAGGAUCUGUUAAUUAGCGAGCUCACAAAAAAAAAUAAUAAUUGAGAGCGCUGGAGGAUGUUGAUAUCGACACAUUUACUUUUUUUUAAAAACUUAUUUUUAUUUUUUUUUUUACUUUAAAGGGUAUAUUUGUGAAUUUCACGAUCAUGUCAUUUUCAGUUGUGUAAAGUCACGUCCAUCGUGAAUUCAGAAGAGACACUGAUUUUAUUAAAUCAUUUUAAUCACCUCAA